GUAGAUGACAACCUGCUAGUGGUUUGAAUACCACCCCGAGCAAACUGCUACCUCUGCAUCCCUCCGAUAUGAGCAAUUGACCUUCUCCGUACGGAGUACUCCCCGACAACCCCACCAAGCCCCCGGCCACCCACUACCGACCCCGUCCCGAUCAGGCCAGAUCGUCGCAUCCAGUGACGCUGCGGAUAGCCGCCUCGACAGACCUACCUAUCUAUCCUAUUGAUCCCCGUCUAACCUCCACAAUCAAUCAUGCCCCGACGAAACCGGGUGGUGUCGUCUUUGCUGGUGCUGGCGUGUGCCAGUUCCACCGCCUGGGCUAGCAAGAAGGAAUUCAAUAUCCAUGAUGACCUGCUAGCUGUUCCCCAAUUCGAAGUCCGCUUUCCCGAUGACUAUGUCCUUGAAUCCCAGGCGAGGGAUCUCCUUCAAGACCGCCACGAUAGCGCCUCUACGUUUGCCGAUUCGCGAGAAAACUCCGCGCAGGUUUAUCUAGGCCAUGGGAACCAUGAUACCGAUCAGGCGAAAUCGCCCUGGGAAGGAGAUGGUGACUUCGGCUACGAGGAAAUGCUCCUAGGCGAUCAGCGAUUCCUCUGUCAGAUUCCCCGCGUCCAGGUCAACGAGAGGGUCAAUGCAACGGGGAAACCCCAGGAAGCAGACGAGCAGAAGGAGCUGGCGCGCGCGAUGGAUCGGGGCUUGGAGCUCCUGCGCGAGAUGGAGGGCAAGUGCAUGUACUAUAUCUCCGGGUGGUGGUCCUACUCCUUCUGCUACAAGAACCAGAUCAAGCAGUUCCAUGCUCUCCCCUCGGGGAGUGGGAUCCCCAACUACCCGCCUACGGAAGACCAGACGACACACUCGUUCAUCCUGGGGAGGUUCCCCCAGGGUGAGGGCGAGGACGAGGAAGUGGAGGGAGACUCGGAACACAAACACACCUCUACGGAUGUGGCGGAGCUACAGACCAAGGGUGGCUCUCGGUACCUCGUGCAACGGUUGGAUGGCGGCACGCGCUGUGAUCUGACGGGCCGGAACCGGAAGAUCGAGGUGCAAUUCCACUGCCAUCCGCAGUCGACCGACCGCAUCGGCUGGAUCAAGGAGCUGACCACCUGCUCAUACCUGAUGGUCAUCUACACCCCGCGGCUAUGUAACGACGUGGCCUUCUUGCCGCCCCAGCAGGACGAGGUGCAUGGGAUCGACUGCCGCGAGAUUCUUUCGCCGGAACAGGUUCCGGACUGGGAAGCGAUCCGGGAGUACCAACUGGCGCAACGGCUGGUGGAGUCAGCCGUGAUCGACGAGUUCCCGGUGGUCGGGGACAUCCAGGUCGGUGCUCAAAAGCUGGUCGGAUCGGAAGGCAAGGAGAUCGAGAAAGGACGCGUGGCCUGGGCCGGGGAAGAGAGGAUUGAUGUGGUGGCCAAGCGCGAGAACGGAGAAGUGUACCAGAUGUCACGCGAGGACCUGAAGAAGUACGAUCUGGACCCGGAGAAGCUGGAAGCCCUGAAGAAGCGCCUGGAGGAGUGGGCCAAGGGCAAGGACUGGACGUUGGAGGUGAUUGAGAUCAACGGCGAACGGCAACUGCGGGGUCUUGUCGAUGAGGACGAGGAGGAAGAAGAGGGUGUUACCGAAGGAGAGGGAUCUCAGGAGGAGAUGAUCGCAGAAGCCCCGUCGCAAGAAACGGGUGAAGCAGAGUCGCAAGAGCAGGAGGCACCGGCGACCCCGGAGACACGAGAGACGGCAGACACACCAGAGGAGCAGAACGAGCAGCCAUCAGAGUCGGACGGGGUUGAGGAGGUAAGCGAGAGGGUGCUCAAAGAUGAACUAUAGUCAUUGUGAUACUUCUUUCCAAUUUUUUAUGUUGUAUCUGAGCACCGAGUCUUUGCAGUUAUCUUCUUCCGGCGUUCAUAGCUACGGCUAAUUGUAUUCCUUGCAUAGAUUACGAUAGUCCCGGUGGCCGUGUACUGGGACUAUUGAUCUCAUUGAUUUAUUGCUUAAUCUGCGCGCUGACUAUUGAUGGAGCAAGAGCCAUUGACUUCAACCCGACAAUGGCGAGUGGCAGAGCCAAUAAUAAUAGUGACGGGGAGAGCCAUGAGUGCCCAAAGAGGCUGGGCUGACCGAUAAGGGGCUGCAUUCCAGACUCUUCCGGAGGGGUCCCCUUGUAGGCGAUGUCGUCGAGAUUGAGGGGGGAUUGAUAGUCUAGGAUAGAGCGACGAUAGAUAGACAAACCACUUGAUUUAGCGAACUC